AUGUAUGCAGCUGCUGGCGGCGCAUCGCUGGCCUCGCGCCAGGCGCGUCAACGCCAGCGACAGCAGAAGAAGAACCAACAGCUACAAGCGAAACUACAUCCACCGAAACCAGCUGGCAUUGGUGUUGGGCUCGGCGCUGCCGAUGGUGGCGCCUCGACUCCAACACGCAGCCAGUCGCGGCAAUUCCAUCAGCUGCCCACAAAUUAUUUGCGGGCACCGCAGCCGCAGGGACGCAAACUGAGUGCCACCUACACGCAGUCCCGAUCGCUGCUGCCCAUCGAGGAGGCCGGCGAUACGCAGUCGGUGUUGCAGCUGCGCAUGCACUCGCACACUCAUGGGCAUGGUCACGCCCAUGGCCUGCACGGGCAUGGCCAUAGUCAUCUGCAUCAUGGUCUCGGCCCUCCAGUGCAGACGCCCUAUCAACAGUUUGCCUCAUCACAUGGACGUGUCUCACCGAAACUCGUGCACCGGCACAGCGGCAGCAGCGCUGGUUUCCACCCAGCAGCAGCAGCGGCGGCGGCAGGAGCAGCGGGUGGAGGGCAGCUACAUAAAUCGGCAACGGCAACGCUGCCCUUGGUAUCGCAAAUGGAGGCAACGCCACCAACGACACCCGCGUUGCCAUCGGCUGCGGUCGGCGUUAAAACGACAGCGGCGUCGUUGGAGACAGACGCCACGCCCAUGUCGGCAGCAGCGCCAACAGCACUGGGCAUGGCUAUGGCUAGCACAUCCGCAGCGGCGGCAGCGGCGGCGGCCGCCGAGGCUGAAGCUCAUUUGGAGCUGGCCGGCGCGGAGGCCAUGUUUGUACCCCACCAUGAUGCGAUCAUUGUAACGCCGGCCACGCCCAUGGCCUCGCCGGGUCACGCAGCAGCUGUGAAGCUGCGACGCGCCGACGACGACGAGGAGCCGCACGAUUCAGCCGAACGUCAGCCCCUAACCGCCACGGAUGCCUACGACGAGGAUGAUCCCAUGCAACCGCCCAGCGGUCCGCUAGAACGCAAGUGCAGCGUUUAUCGCAUGCGCCGCAGCGAUGCAUUUGAGCAGAGCGACGCCGGCGUCACCAGCGGCCUCAAGCGUCAGCUGCGCGAACUGCAAUUCCAACAGCCGCAAUACGUGCCGCUUGUCAGCGAUGAGCCGCAGCUUCUCUUCAAAGGUCUGGGAAAUGGACGCAAGUUUCAGAUUUGCGCCUACUGCGAGGAGGGCAUCUGCGUCUGUGAGCACAUCGAGUGCGCUCAGGGACGGGCCGCCUGGCUGGAGCGGGGCCGCCGCUGCAGCGUACAGGAGCAGCAACAACAACAGACCACCUGCCACAGACGCUGGGUGAAGCGCAAUCGAAUACAAGAUGCCUCAUUGGGCGGUUCCUCGGACGAUGAAGAUUUUCUGGGUGUACUACGUGGACCCAGCACCUUUGCGAAUGCCUUUCUCUAUGUGGGCCUGGGCACUGUCGCACUGGGCCUGGUCAUUGCAUUUGUAGGCACCGGCGAGAAAGGAUUUAAAACAGUGGAGCUAAGACUUAUAGGGCCCUCUCUCAUAGGUUUGGGUCUGAUUUGUUGCAUUUUACGCAUUCUCUUCUGCAUUUGCCCAUCACACUGCAUCUCAUCCAGCAAGAAGGCGGGCAAGAAAAAUGCUAACAAAAUCGAUGCGGAUCACACGACUUCCCUGCUACGCAAUGAAAGCAAGCGGGUUUCUAUAGCUCGUGGACCCUCUAUACAACCAAAGUAUCCUAUUGCCCACAAGCGUAGCCAGAGCAAGAUGCUCAAUGAGGGAAUGGAGGCACUGCGUCAAAUAGCCACCACAUCCCUCUUCAUGCAGAACGAGCAGAAGACGGCCAUAAAUCGUGUUGUGCCCAUUAUCAACGAACCGGAGAGCAUGGAUCACAUGGGUGCGGAUGCGCCGCUGGAGAUGAAGAAGCUGCAGACGGCGCUGAAUAUGUGCGAGAUGAGCGAUGAGGAGCAGGAUGACAGCGUCCAAGUUGAGCAGCAGCAGCUGCAGCACGUCAAACGUACAAGAGCAACAACAACAACUGCCGUUACGAGUUGUACCACCAAAGCCACGGGGAAAUCCACAAGCAAAACCACAACAACGAAAACAACAACAACAACCUUGAGCAUCGUCGAUGAGCGACCCAACAGCAAAUUGGUACGUCAACGGGUCGCACUGCAGCAGCAGCGACAACAGCAUCAACAGCAGCAGCAACAACAGCAACCGGAACAACAACAACAACAACAACCACAACCACAAUUGGAGCAAUCGCAGUCAUUGUCCUCCUCCUCCACCGUCAAAGACUCGCUGGAUGGCGCAGUGAUUGUGGAGGAGACCUCACUUAUGGACACAGCUGCAGUCCCGCCAACGACGACGGCCAUGGCCAUGGCCACCCCACUGCCGAGCAGCUGCAGCACCGGCGCCAUUCCCCGGCUCAAAAGCAAUAAUGCAGCAUUUAGCACGCCCUCGCCGCGACCGGGCAUCUCAACGGGCGCCACGCCUAAGACAACGCCCAACACCAGCAGCAGCAGCUAUCGUACACGUCUCACUAGCUCUCAGUCGCAACCCACAAGCUACGAUUUGCCGCCGGCGCUGCCGCACACCUAUUCCGCGACAGCAACGGUGCGUGGUCCGCUGGGCAUGACGUUGACCGGUUCCAGUCCCGUGUAUGCCAUGCCUGCCGGCCGCAUGAGCGCGGUUGUCGUUCCGCCCACCACAACGACGAUCAGUUUGCUGCCGCUGCCGGCGCCGCCGACGGCCACCACAACGUCGACUGCAAGGGCGAGCAUACCUGGACAGGUGCUGGAGCCGUCGGCAAUGUCCACCACAAGUCUGAGCAUAUUGCAGCCGUUGCCGGCGACGCAGCCUGCGACAGCCUCCUCAAUAACGGCCACAUCGGCGGCGGCGACCUCCAUAUUUGGCAGCAAAGAGCAAAAAUCACAGCUGUCAUCCGCCAGCCUAACGAAGGGCCGUGGUAGCACGCUGCUGGCACCGUUACCACAUUCUAGCAAACUGGAGCCGGAACUGGUGCUCAGUCCAGCAAAACUUGGCCAGUAAAUGCGACAAAGUGGUAACAAUUUUAGUUAGGAUUUCAUGCAGAUACUACCUAUAAAUAAAUAAAAAUAUAUGAGUGUAUAUGUCUCUGUUCCAUUGAGUAUGUGUGUGCAUGUGUGUGUGUGUGUGUGUGUCAGUCUCUCUUGAAUGUGCCACAAAUAUGAUGAAACUAAACAACAAAAUGAAGACAACGUUUCCGUAAAACGCCUGCCAGUCAUGUGAUGGAUUCCCUAAGCGCAAAAUAUAUAUUUGGAAUUUUCCCAUAUUUAAAAUAUAUUUUCAUGAAAUAACUUUAGCUGUUCAUAUUUUCGUUUUCAGUUUUAGAACUACCCGUUAGUAUCAAGUUUAGGUUUACAGAAAAAUUCCUAACAAUUUUUGUUUUGGCGAAUUCGACGCGUGGCUGACAAACUAUACAGCUUUCAGUGUCUAAUUUCUAGAGCUUGCUCCGCUGAUUAUGAAUGGACAUAUACUUUGGCAAUUUUCAAGCCCACUCCUUUCUAUACAAAAAACUCUUGAAAUUGCGCGUUUUCUGUGGCAACAAUAUUUGGCCAAAUGCUCAGCAAAUAGAAAAUUGGCAAGUCGCGCUCUCUGAAGCUAUACCUUAAUUAGUCAGGGUAUUAUAAAGUUUGUAUACCAACAUAUCGUUAAAUAAAUAUACAACAAAUAAUAGAAUAUUUAUAAAAAAAAUAACUAAACAUUGAAAAAGAUAGCGAACAGAGAAAGCCGUCGUCCAUUUGAUCAACAAAUAUAGCUAAGGUUCAAUCAAGAUUUAUGCAUGGGCCGUACGAAAAGUAAGCAACCCACAUUAUAUAUAAUUAAUUAGAUAUGUAACCCAAGAUUGAAUGUCGAUGUAGUUGAAUGACAUAUAAUGACCCAGUAGCAACUGAAACCAAAAUCACAUCGAUUGCAACACGAGAGCCUUAAAAAUAUGUUAAAUGAGCUCUUAAGGGGUAUAAUCGUAUAAGAAGAAUAAUGUUUCAACUAUGUUAAAAGAUUUCUGACGUGAUGUAUUUUGAUGUAUUAUUUUUAUUUUCUUUAAUUUUAUAAAAGUUAUGUUUACUUCUUAAUACACCUGUUUAAAAAGUAUUGCAACAUUCGAGAAUCUUCACAAAAGUUACUCAUUCAACCAAAGCAGAAAAAUGGAACAAAUUCUUAAAAAAAAAAGUAUUAAUUAAUAUCAAAAUGGGAAAGCAAAGCAACAGCUAUGAAACGGGCAAAUAAUAGGAAUCAUGUUAAGCCCAGAGAGAAAAAAUCCAAAUGCAACUAAUUGAGAAUUAUAAUAAAAACGAUAUAUGAAUUAGUAUGUAUGUAAGUAUAUGUAUGUGCAAAAUA